CCUAAAUUUGGACUUUAAUUGUGCAAUUCAUUCAGUUUUCCUGUUUAGCAAAGCAAAUUUAAACAAUCUUAGCCAAUUAUUGAACUAAAUCACUAAAUUAAAAUUUACUUAAACUGGUGUGAAUGUAGUCUCAGGUGAUUAAUGCAGUUUAAUUGGUAACGCACCAGAUGGCGCAGUAGUACUCGUGAUGUUGUUACAUACUGUAUGGGCGUGUGAGUGCUUGUGUAAAAAAAUAAGUGUUUUGUGAUGUUUUAACCACUGACGGAGAAAAAAAACGGUACAACUGCAAUGUGAACAUUGACACACGCCUGUAACGAGUGCCUUAACACGACAGUGCCUAGUCUAUAGACAAACAAACAAACAAACGAACGACACGCAACGAGCAACGAACUAUUAUAUAUAUUGGUACCAACUGAACAGCACACACCGCAAGCACACACGGGUGCGUGACGCAGCAUCAGGGAGCGAGUCGAGCUCGCGCUACAGGACAACUGGCGGCGGCUGACCGCCCGCUCGACUGCAACACUCGACAGAAAAGCGCGUCGCUCCUUCAGCAAAGAGCGUCCGCGCAGGAGAACUAGCGCCCACUCACUCGACCUUCCGGCCGACGACCGGCCUUACCACACCGCCACUAUACAUAAGGCGCACUCGUUAAGCAAGAUGGCGACACUAUCGCUGAAGAUAUCCCUGGAGGGCGGGACGGUGGUGAAGACGAUACAGUUCGACCCCUCCACCACAGUAUACGACGCGUGCCGCAUCAUACGCGAGAAGAUUCUGGAAGCCAACACUAAUGAACCGAAAGAAUAUGGCCUGUUCCUCGCGUCAGAGGAGGACAACAAGAAAGGCAUAUGGCUGGAGGCAUCCCGCAGCCUCGACUACUACAUGCUGAGGAACGGUGACCUGCUAGAGUACAACAAGAAGACGAGGAACCUCCGCGUCAGGAUGUUGGACGGUACUGUGAAGACCUUGCUGGUGGAUGAUAGUCAGAUCGUGGCGAACCUAAUGGUGGUCAUAUGCACCAAGAUCGGCAUCACCAACUACGACGAGUAUGGACUGGUACGGGAGGAGCAAAAAGAAGAGCCGGACCCUUGCGAGCGGCCCAACUACGGCACCCUCACGCUGAAGAGAAACAACGAGAAGGAGCGCGACGCCAAGAUGGAGCAGCUGAGGAAGAAGCUGCGCACCGACGACGAAGUGAACUGGGUGGAGCCAGCUAAGACGCUGCGCGAGCAGGGCAUCGACGUGACUGAGACGCUGCUGCUCCGCCGCAAGCUGUUCUUCUCUGACCGGAACGUGGACUCGCGCGACCCCGUGCAGCUCAACCUGCUGUACGUGCAGGCGCGGGACGCCAUACUGGACGGCACGCAUCCCGUCACCCAGGACAAGGCAUGCGAGUUCGCCGGCAUCCAGUGUCAGAUACAGUUCGGCGACCACAAGGAAGACAAGCACACGCCUGGCUUCUUGGACCUGAAGGAGUUCCUGCCGGCGUCGUACGUGAAGGUGAAGGGUAUCGAGAAGAAGGUGUUCAAGGAGCACCGCAAGCACGCCGGCCUCAGCGAGCUCGACGCCAAGGUGCUGUACACCAAGAGCGCCAGGGACCUGAAGACCUACGGAGUGGCCUUUUUCUUAGUUAAGGAGAAAAUGAAGGGCAAGAACAAACUGGUGCCGCGGCUGCUGGGCGUGACGAAGGACUCGGUGCUACGGCUGGACGAGAAGACCAAGGAGAUCCUGCAGACGUGGCCGCUCACCACGGUGCGCCGCUGGUGCGCCAGCCCCAACACCUUCACCCUCGACUUCGGAGACUACAGCGACCAGUACUACUCGGUGCAGACCACUGAGGCGGAGCAGAUCCUGCAAGUGAUAGCUGGCUACAUAGACAUCAUAGUGCGCAAGCAGCGCGCCAAGGACCACCUCGGCAUCGAGGGCGACGAGGGCUCCGCCAUGCUGGAGGACUCUGUCUCGCCUUCCAAGGCGAACAUAAUACAACACGACACGUUCAAAUCGGGGAAAGUGAACACCGAGUCGGUCGCCAAGCCGGCCGUGCACCGGCCCGGCGCUGAAGGCGCUAAGCCGUUCGCAGUGGGGCACCUGACAGGCGCUCAGCAUACCACGGUGUCCGGCCAAAUCAUCACCGGACACACGCCGCCCUCUGCGUCACAAGUGCAACAGACAAAAGUGACGUCCGUACUGACGGAACCACAGAGGGCGUUGCUGUCUACCAUCACGACCGGACGGGAGAUCAUCAAGACCACCGAAGAGGGACUCGGCAGGGCGUCAGUCCCGCCGCUCGGUCAGGACGCAGCAUCAGUGAAGUGGAAACAGGUGACGAUGGACACCAGCAAGCAGGUGGUGACCUCGCAGAUCGCGGCCAUGAACGCCGCCACCGCCCAGGUCGUCACCCUCACGUCAGGUCCAACAGAAGAAGUGGACCAUACAGCGGUGGGCGCGGCCAUCACCACCAUCACCAGCAACCUGCCGGAGAUGACGAAGGGUGUCCAGAUGAUUGCGGCGCUGAUGGACGACACGGACAACGGUGAUAAACUCCUGGACGCCACCAGGAAACUGUGCAGCGCGUUCAGUGAUUUGCUCAAGGCGGCUGAACCUGAGACUAAAGAACCUCGCCAGAACCUGCUCAACGCGGCGUCCCGCGUCGGGGAAGCCUCCACCACCGUCCUCUACACCAUCGGGGAAGAGACCGAGGAGGACAAGGAGACACAGGACAUCCUGCUGUCGCUGGCGAAGGCGGUGGCGAACACCACCGCGGCGCUGGUAAUCAAGGCGAAGAACGUGGCGGCGCAGUGCCGCGAGGACCAGGCGCUGCAGAACCAGAUCAUCCAGGCCGCCACGCACUGCGCGUUAGCCACCAGCCAGCUGGUCGCAUGCGCCAAGGUGGUGGCGCCGACGCUGCAGAGCCCGGCGUGCCGCGAGCAGCUGGCGGCGGCGGCGCGGCAGGUGGCGCGCGCGGUGGAGCGGCUGGUGGAGGCGGCGCGGCCGGCGCCCGAGCCGCCGCUCGUGGACCAGCUGCUGGCCGCCGCGCGCCGCGUCUCCGACGAGCUGGACAGGCUGCUGGCGCACUGCGACCUGGAGCGUCGCAACGCGGCCACUGCGCACGCAAGCGAGCGCGUGGUGGAGAGCGUGCUGACCGCGAGCGAGCAGGUGGUCGAGUCCGCCGACCCCACCGACAUGGUGCGCCACGCCCGCCUACUGGGCCAGGCCACCGCGCACCUCAUCACCGACAUCAAGACGGAGGCAGAGAAGCAGCCGUCGGAGUCGCAGCGCAAGCUGCUGGCGGCGGCCAAGCUGCUGGCCGACGCCACCGCGCGCAUGGUGGAGGCCGCCCGCCAGUGCGCCUCCGCGCCGCAGGACCGCGAAAAACAAGAGGCCCUCCGCAAAGCGGCCGAAGAGCUUCGCUACAUCACGACCGACUACGCGCAGGGGCAGGACAUCGUGGGCUCGCAAGUUGCAAGGUUGCAGGAGAGCGCCCGCCACGCGGCCUCGUGCGCCACGCAGCUCAUCACCUCCGCCCAGAACGCCACGCAGCACAACACCAACAAGUACUCGCAGGAAACCCUUACAACGGAGUGCAAGACGUUGGGUGAAGCGAUCCCGCGACUGGUGGACGCGGCUCAGGCUGCGGCGGCCAGGCCAGGCCGCGCCGCCGACCAGCUGGACCUCAUCUCCGCCUCGGAGCAGUUCCUGCAGCCAAGCGGGCACGCGGUGUCAGCCGCUCGUGCUGCAUUACCGACAGUGUCGGAGGCGUCAGCCGCCCAGCACCUCGCCGACACCACGCAUCGCUUCGGAGCAGCUGCAGCUGAUCUCAGGUCGGCGGUGAGCCGCGCGCGCAUCUCGUGCAAAGGUCUGGAGAUGGACGCGGCGGCCGACAUCAUCCGCUCGCUGCAGGACGAGCUGCGCGAGCUGGAGGAAGCCGCCGCAGCCCUGCAGCUGCGUCCGCUACCCGGACAGACGGCGGAGUGGGCGUGGACGAGCCUGCGCAGCGGCGGGCGCGCGGCGGCGGCGGCGACGGCGGCGCUGGCGGCGGGCGCGCGGCUGCGCGAGGCGGCGGCGUGCGGGCGCGGCGCGGGCGACCUGGCCGCCGCGCUCAGGGACUUCGCGGCCGGCCUGCGCGCGCACCUCGCGCUGCACCGCCCGCCGCCGCCGCACACACACGCGGACAGGGUGAUCACGUCGAGCCACCAGGUGCUGGCGUCGUCUCUGACCCUGGUGGAGACGGUGAAGCACUACCUGAACACGACCGAGCAGGUCGACACCACAACCAUCUCGUCCAUCGCCAAGGAUAUAUCACAAAGCCUGGAGCAGACGAUGGAGGCGGUGCCGUCGCACGCGGAGCUCGACCUCGCCAUGGAGAACAUCAACGAGACCCUCAACAUACUCAACAGCGGAGAGUUCCCGCCGUCGGACAGGCCCUACGGGGAACUACAAACGGAGCUGAACUCGGCCGCGGCGGGCCUGACCACCGCAUCAUCAGAGGUGGUCCAGGCGGUGGAGAGGCACGACCAGCUGGCUGAGUCCUCGCAGCGGUUCGGGGACGCGUUCAACAGGCUGCUCGCCGUCUCCAUGGAGAUGGCCGGACAAACCGAGGACCGCGAGUCGCAGACUGUGAUGGUCAGCUCUAUGAAGUCGGUCACCGUCAACUCGUCCAAACUGCUCGGCACCGCCAAGUCCGUCAGCCAGGACUUGACCCGGCCGAAUGCUAAGAACCAGCUGGCGGGCGCCGCCCGAGCCGUCACCGAGAGCAUCAACCGCCUUGUGGACGUGUGCACGAGCGCGGCGCCGGGACAGAAGGAGUGCGCGGCGGCCAUCCGCAGCAUCCUCAGCACGCGGCCGCUGCUGGCCGCGCCCACGCAGCCGCUCGCCGACCUGGGCUACUUCGCCUGCCUCGACGCCGUCGUCGACCAGAGCAAGGGGCUCAGCGAGGGUAUGUCCGGCAUGGCAUCAGCCGUGAAGAAGUCAGAAUACGAACAGUUCGCCAAGUCGGUGACCGCCGUCGCCACCUCGGUACAAGGACUGGUCGAGUCAACCGCGCAAGCCGCAUACUUGGUUGCGGUGUCGGACGAGACAAGCGUGGCCGGGCGGCCCGGACUGGUGGAUCAAGCUGGGUUCGCUCGGGCGGCCGCCGCCAUCGACAUGGCCUGCCGCGCGCUCUCCGACCCUGCCAGCGACCAGCACCAGGUACUGUCGGCGGCGACGGUGAUCGCGAAGCACACGUCGGCUCUGUGCAACGCGUGCCGCGUGGCGUCCGGCCGCAGCGGCCAGGCGGCGGCCAAGCGCACCUUCGUGCAGGCCGCCAAGGACGUGGCCAACUGCACCGCUUCCCUCGUCAAGGAGAUCAAGGCGCUCGACGCCGACUACGGCGAGGCCAACCGCGCCCGAUGUGCAGCGGCCACAGGCCCGCUGCAGGAUGCAGUUCGAAGCUUGUGCCAGUUCGCAGACAGCCCUGAGUUCGCGUCCGUGCCGGCCAAGAUCUCGCCACAGGCCAGGCAGAACCAGGAGCCCAUACUGGAGUGUGGCAGGAACAUAAUCUCCGGUUCGUGCGCGAUGCUGGAGGCGGCGCGGGCGCUGGCGCUGUCGCCGCAGGAGCGGCAGCAGUGGCAGCAGCUGGCCGCGCACAGCAAGACCGUCUCCGACAGCAUCAAGUCCCUCGUCGCCAAUAUCAGAGAGAAGGCGCCGGGGCAGCGUGAGUGCAGCGCGGCGAUUGAGACGCUGUCGCGGCUGCUGCGCGAGCUGGACCAGGCCGCCAUCCAGGCCGUCGGCCAGGAGCUGCAGCCCAGAAAGGCCAACUCGCUGCAAGGUUACACGGAGCAGAUCGAGAACAGCGCGACGGAGAUGUUGGAGAGGCUGGAGCCGCUCCGGGUGGCCGCCACCAGCGAGGCCGAGAACCUGGGCCACGCCGUCGGACAACUCACGUCGUACGCGGAGCCGCUGGCGGCGGCGGCCACGGGGCUGGCGUCCGUGGUGGGCGAGUGGCAGGCGCAGGGCGCGCUGCUGCAGCACGCGCGCACCGUGCUCGAGUCGCUGGCCGCGCUCGCCGCCGCCGCCCGGGCCUGCGCCGGCAACCCCAGGGCGACGGGCGCACACGAAGAGCUGGAAGCGGCCUUGCCGUUAUGCCGGGCCGCCCUCACCGAGCUGUGCGGGGCCGCCCGGGAACUGAGCACGGCUCGCGGUGCUGUCAGACCUCUCCUCGACAGUCUCGCGCGCUCCGUCGGCAGGCUCACGCAGCACAGCAGGAUGUCCCUGGUGGGCAGCUACGACGAGUCGGACUCGUUCGUGGACUACCAGACGCGGAUGGUUGGCGCCGCCAAGGAGAUCGCCAGGCUCGCCACUGACAUGACGGCGAAGUCAGCGACGGACGCGAGCCGGCUGGUGCCGCUGGGCAGCGAGGCGUGCCAGCGGUACGAGCAGCUGGCGCAGGACAGCGUCGGUGCCUCCGCCACCACACCCAACGUCGACGUCGCUAACAGGAUCCGCGUGUCGGUAGUGGAGCUGGGCGAGGCGGUGUCGGAGCUGAUCAGCGCGGGCGGGCAGUGCCGGCUGUCGGCCGUGCCACCUCACCAGCGAGCCGUCGCCGACGCCGCCAAGCACGUCAACGAGAAGGUGAUAGCGGUGCUGGGCGCGCUGCAGGCCGGGGCCCGCGGUACACAGGCGUGUAUCGACGCGACCGCCACUAUCGCCGCCAUCAUCGGCGAUCUCGACACCACCAUACUCUUCGCCAGCGCAGGCACGCUCCACUCGGAUAAGGAGUCGGACACGUUCUCUGACCACCGCGAGAACAUCCUCAAGACGGCCAAGACGCUGGUGGAGGACACGAAGACGCUGGUGGGCGGCGCGGCGGGCACGCAGGACCAGCUCGCGUCCGCCGCCGCCAGCGCCGUCAACACCAUCGUGCAACUGUGCGAGGUGGUGAAGCUGGGCGCGGCGUCGCUGGGCGCGGGCAGCCCCGAGUCGCAGGUGCUGCUGCUGCACGCGGCGCGCGACGUGGCGGCCGCGCUGCGGGACCUGGUGGCCGCCACCACCGCCGCCGCCGGCAAGCACGUCGCGCACCCCGACAUGCAGCGCCUCAAGCACGCCGCCAAGGUGAUGGUGACGAAUGUGACGUCACUGCUGAAGACGGUGAAGGCGGUGGAGGACGAGCACACGAGGGGCACGCGCGCUCUCGAGUCCACCAUCGAGGCCAUAUCACAGGAGAUCGAGGUGCUAAGGUCGUCGAGCCCGGCGAAGUCGACGGCGACGGCCGAGGAGCUAGUGCGGUGCACGCGGCAGAUGACGGCGGCGACGGCGCGGGCCGUGGCCGCGGGCAACGCCAACAAGCAGGACCAGCUCACCGCCGCCGCCAACCUCGGCAGGAAGACGGUCGUCGACCUGCUCGUCGCGUGCAAGGGCGCGGCCGAGGGCGCGGAGAGCGCGGAACUGAAGUCGCGGACUAUCGAGGCGGGCGCGGCGGCCGCGGAGUCGUUCCGCGGGCUGCUGGCAGCCGUGCUGCGGUCGGCCGGCGGCGACGCGUCCGCCCGCGGCCUGCUGCCCGACCGCUCGCGGACCGUCGCCGCCGCCGUCGCCGACCUCAUCGCCCUCGCUGACCAGCUCAAAGGGUCGGACUGGGUGGACCCGGCGGACCCGACGGUGAUCGCGGAGCACGAGCUGCUGGGCGCGGCGGCGUCCAUCGACGCGGCCGCGCGCAAGCUGGCCGCGCUGCGCCCGCGCCGCCCGCAGCCGCAGGAGACAGACGAGAGCCUGAACUUCGACGAGAUGAUCCUGGAGGCGGCCAAGUCCAUCAUCGCGGCCACCUCCGCCCUCGUCCGCGCCGCCUCCGCCGCCCAGCGCGAGCUCAUCGACCAGGGCAAGGUGGCGCGGCGGCCGGCGUCGUCGUCGGACGACGGGCAGUGGUCGGAGGGGCUGGUGUCGGCGGCGCGGCUGGUGGCGGCGGCGGCGCACGCGCUGGUGGAGGCGGCCAACGCGCUCGUGCAGGGCGCCGCCUCCGAGGAGCGCCUGGUCUCCAGCGCGCGCCACGUCGCCUCCAGCACCGCGCAGCUGCUCGUCGCCUGCAAGGUGAAGGCGGACCCGACGUCCGAGUCGACGCGGCGGCUGCAGGCGGCCGGCGCGGAGGUGAUCCGCUCCACCGACAACCUGGUGCGAGCCGCGCGCGACGCCAUCCACUGCGAGGAGGAGCGCAGCCUCGUGCUCAACCGCAGGAUGGUCGGCGGCAUCGCGCAGGAGAUCGACGCCAGGUCGGAGGUGCUGCGCAUCGAGAAGGAGCUGGAGGAGGCGCGUGGACGGCUGACGGCCAUCCGGCAGGCCAAGUACAAGCUGCGGGCAGACGCCUCGGGCGACGACACCGACACCGACCUGCAGCUCGGCUACGCCAGCGACGCCUCCGGACAUCAGAGAUUCAAAACACCCAACAGCAGUUUCGCGAACACCACCUACAGCCCGAACAGCACCUACUCGCAACACAACACGACGCAAAACGCCACCAACCUGUCCCACAACGUGUCCCAGCUCAACCAAUCCAUCCACGGCACCCCACAGUACAACCAGCCGCAGCACUACACCCAGUCGCCGACUCCUGCGCACGCUCAGUCGCCAAACCCUGCGCACACGCAGACCGUGUCGAACAACGGCUACUCCCAGUACAGCCACUCCAGAGAAGAGAAAUACGUCCAGAGUCCCACCUUCUCCAGCUUCAGGCCGCAAGAGGAGACGCCCAAGCAAAACUACGAAGGAUUCACCACUCGCUACGAGACCCGCCUGUACGACACCCCGCGGCCAGUUAACGAGUACAAAUCUGAAGAGCGCCAUUUCGAAUCCAGUCACUAUCAAAAAGAGCAAAGGUCCAACUACGACACUCCUAAACAAUCCCCAUUGAGCCCUAAAUUCAACGCCAGAGAAUUGAAAUUCGACGACAAACCUGAACCUAUAUAUUCAACGCUCAAAAAACCCGGCACGCCCAAGUCUCCCUUCGACGGCGUAGGACAGUCGUUCACAGAACACCAGAAGUCGACAGAAGCGAUCCCAGGCGGUACGAAGCAGUCCGAAUAUACAAUCAAAAGCGAAUCCUAUCACACAUACCCUAAAGUAAUCAAAACUGAGACUAGACAAGAAGUGAAGUCACCCUUCACGGCCUCCACGCCGUCCAAAUUCGAGAAAUCCGAUUUCAACCAAUUCACCGAGUUCGGGAAGACGUCCACGGAGCUAGUUAAAGCGGCGACACCGGACUACGACAGGAUCUCGUCGCCGUACGGCAAAGAAACUUAUAGUUACGGCGGACCGAAUUACAUGGAAGAAACCACCACAGAAGUGAAGGACGUACCCAACGGCACACAGAAAGUGACGACCACAAAGAUUUACAGCUCGUCCCCCGUUACGAUCACGAGUACUAACACGAAAUACGAGCCGAUAAAACUCGAAGGCAUCGACGAACUAUCCAAAUCGUUCGAUAACGAAUCGAAGUACAGCACAAUCGAUUCACGGUUCAACACAUUAGAAUCGAAACUCAGUUCCGACACGAGCCGCUCGUUCAUGAGACCUUCGGACUUCCAAUCGUCCGACUACCAAGCGACGACGACGGUGACCAAAGUGAAGAAGCCCAGUGAAUUGGUGAAGGAAAUGGACAAUCUAGACAAGAAGUUCUCGAAGCAAACGAUCACAUCGGAGACAAUCGAAAGGAAAUCUGUAAUGACCAGUUCCCACAAAUCGGAGACCAGCUCGACGGUGACGAAGAAGUUUGGCAACUUCUAAAGGUUUGACAUGUGUUUUGGAUGUGUUCAAUAUGUGAUCUGUACGAACUAUGUAUUGUUACGACAUGUGACUUUUUAACGCUUAAAUUUUAACGCACGUUUCGACUUAAUAUAUUUUAUAUUGAACAUUGUGAGUUCUCGUGAUUUGAAAUGUCAAUUUAAUAAAUUUUAUACAUAUAUAUAUAUAAGAUUCGUUAAACAAUGACAUUGUAUUGUAAUGACGGACAGCUCCGCACUGUUUCAGCAUUUCGAAUCCCUGGACUAAGCAGCGGUGCUAUAUUAUUUCUCGUUCAUCGAACACGCGGUGCCUAUUGCAUUUUAGAAUUACAUAACUGUUACUAUGGCGGUUGAUAUUUUGAAACGUUUAUCGAGAUGCAGGGGUCAUUAUUACGGGUCAAAUUUUUAUGAAUAAUUUUAAUAUCUGAACUAAAAUAUGUACUUAUAAAUAAAGAAACAAUAUUUGAAAAUCUCUUUAAAUGUAUGUUUUAUUUAAAGAUAUAAAUUUAGUAUAUGCAUGAGUGGGGAAACUAGAGUGUUGAUAAUGACUCCUGCAAUAUUUCAUACAACAAACUCGUCGACAUUAAUUGAAAAAAAAAAAAUAAAGAAAUAUAAAAAUAAUUAAUUGAAAUUUGAUCUUUGUUAAAAAAUUUAUAUUAUAAUAUUAUACAAUAUAACAAUAAAUUAUAUAUUGCUUAUUUUUAUAUUGUAUAAUUUUUAUACAUGGUGUGUAUGAAAUUCACAGCUUUUAUAUACCUGUCAGUCAAUGUUAACACGUUAACCGAUCAUUUGACAACAUUGUACUAAUAUCAACACAUUUGUGAUGACUGUUUCCGUUCACUAGUGGUUUUAGAACACCCCAUAUUAUAUGUAGCACAUACAAACACAUACAAAGCUAUACCACCAUAAACACCAUGUAUAUUUAAAAAAAAAAUAUAUUAAUAUAGACGGGUUUGAUUAUAUUCGACUAUAUGCAUUAUAUCGUGUGAAUUGCAUUCGAAAAAUGCAUCUCGCUUAAAAUUAUUAGACAUGCGUGUAAAGGAAAAUAUGUAUAGAAAUAUUGUAAACGAAAAAAUUAACUUACAAAAAAUAAAGAGUAAACAAUUUUGAAAUAAACUCCGUCUCGGUAACUUCUUUGAAGACUGAAUGAUGCUUACGAUUGUCCAUUUUAAUGAUUAUCACGAAUUGUAAAUUAUAUAGAUGGGUAACGUAAAAUUUUAUAAAAAAAAAAAAAGCCAAUGUAAUGCGUGUAGCCGAAUGGAGAUUAUAUGAAUCACAAAGUGCUAACCCCGCGGGGACCUUAUUCUUGUUGCCUUCACGUCAAAUUGUAUUGAAAUUAUUGUCCCGUACAGGAAGGGACUGGCUCUGUAAAUGCAAACACAGUACCUUCUGGGGUAAUCGUUAAUUCUGGCAUCUCGUCUAUAUUGCUGUGUGUUAGGAUUCUCAAACUUGACAGAAAUGUAUAUGUGGACAUAUAAAUAUUUAUAUAAUAGUGCGCCACCUGCCCUUCGUCUUUUUCCCAAUGUCCUCUACCCAAAGGUUGUCUGGAAGUGAUUGCUUAGCGAUAAGGCCGCCUCUUGUAUCACUUCUCAUUAAUAUUUACUGUAUUUGUUAUUUCCCUUUUUACUUGGUGCAAUAGAGUGUAAAUAAAUAAAUAAGAUUAGCGUAAUCAGUAACAUCCCAAUGGGAAUUAUAUAAUUAAAAAAGACAUUAUAGAAUUUUUUAACACCAGAGGGCGCUACUCUCCUGCAGUAAAUUUAUUUUUAAGAGGUACAUAAGUACAGAGUUACAAGUACUGUGUUUGUAUUUAAAAGGAGUAUAUUACCGCGUGUGCCAUUAAAGUGUAUUUUUAUGUUUAACAACGUGCCUUUAUAUAUAUGAAAAAAAAAAAAAAAUCUCAAUGGGGCUUUGUGUAAGGGAGAAUAAAAGUUAAACCGACGGACAAACUUCCUACAUUUAUAUAUUAUAUUAUAUUAUUCGCGCACAUAAUCCGGGUACAUGAUUUACUGUUCACCCCAAAAGUUGACUGGUAGAGAGUGCUACUAGCAUCGAGUCCGCCUUUUGUACCAUAUUUUUUUUUUGUUAAAUAUAUAAAUAAAUUUCUCUUAUACAUCGCCCGUAUCUUAUAAAUGUGCCAUUAAAUAAAUAAAAAGCCAUAUAUAAUAAUAAUAAUGAUAUUUGUACAUAAUUAUACAAUAUGUAAUUUAAUUAUAUUUAGAUUUACCGUCGUAGUGAUUUGUCUGGUGCAAUUCAUUCUCGCUAAGGUAACAUUAACUACCCGCUAAUGUACUCUUAGAAUAUAUUUAUAUAUCUAACGAAUACUAAGAUUUGAAACUAUAAUAAUACCCAAGUAUAAAAAAAAGUGCUUCUCGUAAUCUUAGAUAUUUAAGUAUAAUUAAAAAUAUGUACGGGUUAAGGGACAGGUUGGCGAACUGAAACAUUGUAUUCAGACCUUUAUUCUGAACUGAACAUCAAUGGAAAAAUCUUUAUUUACAUUCAUGUAAUACAUACAUACAUUCAUAUUUGUCACGCCUGUCUCCCAUUAUGGUAGGCAGCAACAAUGUAACGCCAAAUGCUUCGAUUCAAACAGACCUCUUUCGCUUCCUCCACAUUCAUCAAUCUAUUCAUACACGCUCGCCGGUUACGGGUACUUUUAAUUUGGCCUUUUUUAUAUUUAAUUCAUGUAAUCUAUGAUAUUAUAUAAAAAAAAAACAAUAUUUUAUAGUAUGUAGUUGUUUGGAGGAAAUAAAUAACAACUAACUUGAUUAUAUUAUUGAUUCACAUAUAAUGAGAGAAUGACAGCAGAAAUGAUUGUGAGAAGGAAACGUCGCCGUCAUGUCUGUACGUCCAGUGCGAAGGAUAGAAAGAGGUGAAAAUAUCUAUGUACAAUUAAAUUAACCUACUUGAUGGAAAAGAAAGUAAUGAUGUUGACAAGUGGCUAUGAGAUGAAUAUUUACAAUAUUUAUUCACAGACGCCACGAGUAAAAUACAAACCAAAUUUUAAUAUACUUAUUAAAAUCUAAUAUGAAAUCAGCCGUUUAAAGUUAAUGCCACAAGCGUACGUAAACUACGUACGAAGAAGCAGCGUUGACUGCGCGCGCGCUGUAGGUAUCGCGCGUCGUGUGGAUCGUACAGUUGCAAAUACAUUGCGCGGCGUCAACACUGACAAUCGUCAACUAUAUAGCGUGGUGCAUUCCGGCGGGAAAAUAAUAUGCCGUCUGAUUCAGAACAUUCAUCUGAAUCAGCUGCUUUCGUUUUUGCCAACCUGCCCCUUCCACCCUAUGUAUAGUGACAGCUAAAAAUUAUAUUUCUAGGAUUAUGCAAAAGUACUUUUGUCUACUAAUUAUAUUGUAGAUUGCUUUGCGUAACGUGUUUAAUGCGAUAAUCGAUUCAUAAACAUUUUUAUUCUUUUUUUUUUUUUUUAUAGCCAGAUAGUGGCAGUGUCGUCGGCGCAGGUAGCGUGAGCGACCUUACUCCUAAAAUACAAAAUGUAAACACUCUUGCAAUGUAUUAUAACUUUAUAUAAUACACAUUUUAGAGUUGUAACGUGCCUUAUUAAUUUGCAGCUUCAAUAUAUAUAUGUAUUCCAAUAAAAUAUUUUUCAUAUAUUACUGUUUGUUAGUGUAGUGAUGCCCGCGAAAGCGAUUCGUCCACUGAAGGUAUUGUAACACCAAUUCUCAUAGUUUAGAUUUAUAUUAUACAUAGUUGUAUGUAGUACAACGUAUAUUAUAUUAUAUAUUUUCAUGUCUUUGAAAAAAUUAAUGAGAAAUUAAUGUAUUUACCGUGUGAAAAUAUAUGAGAGGUAAAAAUAAAUUUAUUAAUAUGGCGUCUUACUAUGGGCGCGUUUGCUUCGUGUACAGGAAUGUACUAGAGGCGACAGAUUUGGGCUAAAAUCGUGUCUUAUUAAUUAAUGUAACUUCGAUAUGUAAUCAUUUAAUAUUUUAUACAUUUACUAUUAAUAUUAAUUCCCUAUAGGACUAAACGACUCCUUAUUACUAUAUUCAAAAUUAGUUUUUGAUACGUAUAGUUCAUACAAAUAGUACAUAAGUGGUAUGAUAAUCUGUAAGUAAAUAUAAACUGUGUCAACAAUGGAAACCAAAUAAAAAAAAUACUAAUUAUUACGUUUUAAAAUAUUAAUUUAUGGAUCGGUUUUGAUUUUGACGACUUUUUGUUAAUUAUUUUGAGAUUUUAUUCACUUUUAGUGUUAGUUGCAAACUGAACCGUGUAAAGUUCGCCCGAUGUACGGUAUUUACUUAUAUUUGUAUUUAAUAAACUUAACAAAUAGAC